AUGGACUCGAGGACACGGGCUUUCUGGACGCCCGUGGUGCUCAGUAACACUGUGCUCGCAGCUUCAUUUCCUAGAAGCCCUGAUAAAGGCCGCGGCCGAGACGGCAAUGGCAACGGGGGCGGCGGCGGCGACGGCGAUGGACACGGCGAUGGCGACGGCGAGCAAGGCGGAAUUCCCUCGGAUGCUGCCCAGCCAACGCAAUCCCCUGACAGCGGCGACGAACCGGAACCAGGCGAUCCGGACCAUACCGACCCAGGCACUGUGCUUCCCGACGCGUCCCUGACAGCCACCUCGCUGGUGACCAGCAACACGAGCGUCGUUUCACCAGCUGCAAACAACCUCGCUGUCGCGCAUAGUUUUAGCACAAGCGAGGCCGUGACCAUCGCGGUUGGUAUCAUUGUCCUGCUCCUUCUCGCCUUCUUCGGCUUCUUCCUCUGGAAACGCCACCAGUGGCAUAGGAAGGAGUGGGCACGCCGCAGGGCCGCAUUAGGCUAUCGCUAUCGCAGUCGGAGUCGCACUCCCAGCCCACCCGGCUUAGGAACGUCGUCCCCACCGCCACGCAGCUAUAGGUCCGGGGGACGCCCACGAGCACUCAAUUCGACCAUGACGACAGCCUGUGGACGAGGGUACAUCAUCGUGUAG